AUGGAUCAAGCUGUUGUGGACAAUCCUGUUACCCUUGUGAUCAGGGCUCCCAACCAGAAAUAUGAUGACCAGACAAUCAACUGCUACCAGAACUGGACUGUAGAGAAACUCAAAGCUCACCUAUCUGAUGUGUACCCGAGUAAACCUAGCUCCAAAGACCAGAGGCUGGUGUAUUCUGGAAAGCUCCUGCUGGAUCAUUUUACCUUAAAAGAUGUGCUCAGAAAGCAGGACGAGUACCACAUGCUCCAUCUGGUGUGCGCCUCACGAACCCCUCCCAGCUCCCCAAAGCCCACCCGCAGCUGCAGUAACAAGCCCCAGGAGAGCACAGCCCGUCCCACGGCCCCUCAGAACUCUAAUGGAGUUGGUCAGGAUAGCCACUCCUCUACGGGAGAGAGCAGUGAUGGACUCAGACACCGAGCUGGAUCCUUCCCUUACCACCAGAUGUAUCCACAAUUUAUGUACAGCUGGAACCAACACUCUGCUCAGUCGAUGCCUCCCGCAAAUAUGCCCGCUUAUUACAACCCCAUGACACUCAUGUGGUGGCAGCAGCUGUAUGCCAGGCAGUACUACAUGCAUUAUCAGUUACUUGCCGCCUCCUCUCAGCACCUCAGGCCCGACCAGCCCUCGACCCAGUCUAACCAGUCCCAUCCCCAGAGUCAACGACCCCAGGUGGGUCGCCACGGCAACCCAGAAGUCCAGAUGAAUGCCCAAGGAGGGGAGAUCCUGAACGAGGAAGAGCUCAAUCGGGACUGGCUGGAUUGGGUGUACACAUUUUCACGCGCUGCCAUCUUACUCAGUAUAGUCUACUUCUACUCGUCCUUCAGCCGCUUUGUCAUGGUGAUGAUGGCCAUGCUGGUGCUUUACCUGCAUCAGGCCGGCUGGUUUCCGUUUAACCUGGAGAACGAACUUCAGCUUCCCGGAGAUGGAGGCAAUCAGGAUGAUGCCGAGGGAGAGCCACAAAACCAAGACUUACAAGAAAUGGAAGGAGUGUUGGAUGACGGUUCUGAUGAUGAGGAUGGGGAAAGCGGAGAGGAAGGAGCGGAAGAUCCUAACAGUGCCCCCCACACAGGCUUCUUGUCCUCCACGUGGUCAUUCAUCAUAACCUUUUUCAUGUCACUCAUCCCAGAGGGGCCACCAAACGGAGCUAACUGAACCACAAGCACUAUGUGCUGCCACAGUUCCCCAUCGAAGCAUUUUCUUUAAGAGGAGGGUGAAUAUCUCUCCAGGUUAGGGAAACUCUUUCUUUUACAAUGCAGUGUUACAGUUUCCCAAUAGUCUACGUGAAACUUUGAGCAGAACCACAGCGGGCCGAUUUAAUAAAGGAAAAAAAAGGCAAUUUUACGUGAAGUUGUUUUGUUUGUCUGCACAAAGACAAAUAUUUUAAACUAACCAAUGAGAAGUUUGUUCACUGUGUAUGAAUUGAUUGCUAUCGACGGCAUGUAAACAUAGGGACGACAAUUAACUGCUGCAUUUUUGGCACCUAAAUCUUUAUUUUUUCUUUGUAAGAAGCCAUUGUUGAAAUAGUUGUUUUGCUCGAAUUGUAAUGAAUUAUUUGUAAUUGUCGUUAUAUUACAAUAAGACAUUUUAAAAGAGCCACGUUAAUGUAAAAGCUGAAUUUCAGUGAUUAAUAGUGAAUCAUGUAGCGCCUGUAAUACAUGAGUUAUUUUGGCCCAAGACUUUAUGAAACACAUUUGUACUGUGUUUAAGUGAAACCCAGUGAUGCUGGCUGGUAACGUGUGAUUUUCUUGUUUGUUUUUUAAGGAGAAACAAUGUACAACCAAUGCUUUCAGACAGUCUCAGAUUACUGAAUGACAGAAGAAAUUAUUAUUUUGACUGAAGUUCUGGCUGUUGAGAAGACAAUAAAAAGAAAUCUCACUGUU